GCCGGUUUGAGAAGAGCUUCUUUGAUGACGCGCUGUCGUGAAGAUGGCGGAAGUUCGUUUCCUAAACUGAACCUAAGUCGCUCCGUGAUUCUAUUAUAAACUAUUUCAGGACGGAUUAGUUCGGCUUUUCAUCACAGCCUCGUCGACAGAUUCGGGUCUCUGUGUAACUCAUGCGAUGGCCUGCGGUGGAGUUAAAGCGGCUCCUGUUAAUGGCUUCCCUAUGAAAGCACAGCUUCAGAUCACAGUGAUCUCAGCCAAACUAAAGGAUAAUAAGAAGAACUGGUUCGGUCCCAGUCCAUAUGUUGAGGUUUGUGUGGAUGGUCAAUCCAAGAAGACAGAGAAAUGCAAUAACACACAUUCACCCAAAUGGAAACAGCCCAUCACUGUGAUUGUUACUCCAUUCAGCAAACUGAUCUUCCGUGUUUGGAGUCAUCAGACAUUAAAAUCUGACAGUCUGCUGGGCGUGGCUACGCUUGAUAUCAGCGAGACGCUCAAAGCUCAUGACAUGAAGAUUUGUGAGGUCGUGCAGACGCUGCAGCUGUGCGCAGACAGAGAUCAGACGGAUAUCGUUGGUGAUCUGUCAGUGUUAUUAGACGGUCUGCAGGUGGAUGAAGAGAUGUUCCUCUCAGCAGAAGCCAACAACCAAAGCACUUUAAAUGGGGAUUCAGAUCAUGCAGAUGACAUAAGUCAGAGGAGCCGAGAUUCUUCUCCAUCGGUGACAGACGCUCCCGAACCACCGUCUGCUCCAAACGGGCGAGUGAAUGGCAUGGACUCGCCUUCGGGAUCAUCCAGAGGGUCACGACCACCGAGACCACCCAGACCCUCUCGACCUCCACCUCUAGCCCCACGCAGACCUGCGUCUUCACCAGCUCUUUCUACUCGCUCAAUUCCCGACAGCAGUGAUUCAUCUCGCUCAGACACUCCGGUUCGUAACCCAUCGGGGGGCGGAGCCUCUGACUCUGGUCCGCCCCCCACACAGGAGCAGCCCGGUAGUGCAGCUUUCAGCAUAGGCCCCGCCUCCAGCAGGAUUCCCAGCAUGGUCAACCCUGGACCUUUGCCCCCAGGUUGGGAGCAGCGUGUGGAUCAGAGCGGGCGUGUGUAUUUUGUCGACCAUGUGGAAAAAAAGACAACAUGGGAGAGACCAGAAGCUUUACCACCAGGUUGGGAGCGUCGAGUGGACCCUAUGGGUCGGGUUUAUUUUGUGGAUCACAUCACCAGGAGCACGACGUGGCAGCAGCCCACAAUGGAGACGGUUCGUAACUAUGAGCAGUGGCAGCACCAACGCAGUCAGCUGCAGGGAGCCAUGCAACAAUUUAACCAGAGAUUCAUUGUUGGGGACCAGGCUACAAUCAAUCAGAAUAAAGAGUUUGAUCCUUUGGGUCCUCUGCCACAUGGAUGGGAAAAGAGAACAGACUCGACUGGUAGAGUUUAUUUUGUUCAUCACGCGACCCGGUCGACACAGUGGGAAGAUCCACGCACUCAAGGUCUGCUAAAUGAGAAGCCCCUGCCUGAGGGGUGGGAGAUGAGGUUCACGGUCGAUGGAAUUCCUUAUUUUGUAGAUCACAAUCGGAGAGCCACCACCUACAUUGAUCCACGGACUGGAAAAUCCUCUCUUGAGAACGGCCCUCAGAUCACAUACGUACGAGACUUUAAAGCCAAAGUUCAAUACUUCAGAUUCUGGUGUCAGCAAUUAGCAAUGCCACAGCACAUAAAGAUCACAGUCACUCGUAAGACUCUGUUUGAAGACUCAUUCCAGCAGAUCAUGAGCUUCAGUGCACAAGAUCUCCGCAGAAGACUGUGGAUCGUCUUCCCUGGAGAGGAGGGGCUUGAUUAUGGGGGCGUGGCCAGGGAAUGGUUUUUCCUGUUAUCCCACGAGGUGUUGAACCCCAUGUACUGUCUCUUCGAGUACGCCGGGAAAGACAACUACUGCCUCCAGAUAAACCCCGCCUCCUCCAUCAACCCUGACCACCUCAAAUACUUCAAGUUCAUUGGUCGUUUCAUUGCAAUGGCAUUGUUUCACGGGAAGUUUAUCGACACGGGCUUCUCUUUACCGUUCUACAAGCGGAUCUUGAAUAAACCUUUGGCUCUGAAAGAUCUCGAGUCCAUUGAUCCAGAGUUUUACAACUCACUCAUCUGGAUCAAGGAUAAUAACAUUGAGGAGUGCGGGCUGGAGAUGUUUUUCUCCGUGGAUAAGGAGAUCCUGGGUGAGGUGACGACUCACGACCUGAAACCAGACGGAGGGAACAUCCAGGUCACAGAGGAGAACAAAGAGGAGUACAUCAGACUGGUAGCAGAAUGGAGAUUAUCUCGUGGAGUAGAGGAACAGACUCAAGCGUUCUUCGAAGGCUUUAAUGAAGUUCUUCCACAGCAGUACCUGCAGUAUUUUGAUGCCAAAGAGCUGGAGGUGAUGUUGUGUGGAAUGCAGGAAAUUGAUUUGAUUGACUGGCAGAGAAACACUAUUUACAGACAUUACACGGGUAACAGUAAACAGAUCCUCUGGUUCUGGCAGUUCAUUAAAGAGAUGGAUAAUGAGAAGCGUAUGAGACUAUUGCAGUUUGUUACUGGUACCUGUCGUCUGCCCGUCGGAGGGUUUGCUGAUCUGAUGGGAAGUAACGGGCCGCAGAAGUUCUGUAUUGAGAAGGUCGGGAAGGAGAAUUGGCUUCCCCGUAGUCACACAUGUUUUAAUCGUCUGGAUCUGCCGCCGUACAGAAGUUAUGAGCAGAUGAAGGAGAAGCUGAUGUUUGCUAUAGAGGAGACUGAAGGUUUUGGACAGGAGUGAGACACACAAACACACAACAGAGAGGACGGCCGGAGCGAUGUCAAAUCUCAUGAUUAUAAACUCACACGUCAUCGUGUGCUCGUGAGAGAACAAUACAUCCCUCAAUGAUCCAGCACACCGGUGCAUUAUGGGAAACUGGGGUUUUCUUCACUCACCUGUCACUUAUUCAUUUCUACAUGACCGGUGAGAUGAUGGGAUUGAAAUAAGCAUGUAAGAUACGUGACUCUGAUGUUUUUAUUAAUCCAGCGAGCUGUUUCUCGUAUCUAAAACUCCUGAAGACCAGACAUUGUGAAGUGUGUGUGUGAUUUAUGUUAUGAACCCUAGUAGAGGGUCUACUUGUGCCUUUAUUUCCACCAUCAUGCAGAAGAUUCAAAUCUCAUCCAGUCAUUCAGCACAGCAAUAUAAAAGUGUAGCUUUCUUAAACGGCCACGAUUCCUAGUUCAAAACUGACCAAAAUACUUCAUGUUAGAGCUUUAAAAGAGCGAAACUCACAGAAACUGUCUCAAUAAUAGUUGUUUUAUACAAUCAUGAGAUUCUGGCUGAUAGAAACUGAGACAGGAUUUUAGAUUUAUUGCAUAUAUUCAAGUACUGAAUCAUUUAUUUCAAAUAAAUAGAAAUCGUGUUAUUUUAGAUGCAAAUGUGACCUUAAAUGUGAGUUUAUUUGAGACUAAAGUUUAAAAAGAGAGGUUUUAUUAGAGAUGCAUGCAUAAACAUGAUCUAGUUAACCCUAGUUAUAUAGGGCAACUGAUUUAUAAAAGCAUUCAUUGAAAUACUGUGAGAGCCCUCCGGCCGUCCAGCGAGUCAUUGUGUUUAUUGAGGGGCGGUUUCACGGACAGGGUUUAGAUUAAGCCUUAGUUACAUUUAAGUAGUUUUACAAACAAACCUUACCAAAAACACUACAGGUGUGCAUCCUAAGACAAAACGAUGACACUGAUAUUUGUUAAGAUGCAUUUUAGUCUGGGAUUAGGAUAAACCCUGUCUGGGAAACCACCCUUUAGAGUCUAAACCACUGGAGAUGACCCAUAAGACGCACAGUAGUUUAGUGCAUUAUGGGUAAUAAUGGCAUGGCUUAUGUGAAUGACUGUUCAGGAUCUUUAUGAUUUUUAGGUUAUAACAUCAUCUAUAUUUAUUUAAAGUUAUUUAACCCAUAACUAUAGUUUAACCAAUUCUGGGAAGAUGGUUCAUAAAGUAAUCAUUUCUUCUUCUUCUUCAUCAUGUAAACUGAAGCGCUUUCUCGCUCUGUAUAUGAACUGAAAACUGUACAUGGUGUGAAUACUCGAUCUCCUCUAUAUUAAAACUACAAUUAAAUGAUUUAAGUAUUAAGUAGAAGCGACCGCUUUCAUGGUUGUUUCAGAAAUUAUUUCCUAGAGUUGAUUUGUAUGUAUAGUAAAAUCAUCUUCAGUUGAAUAAAUAAUUAAAUUGAAA